CAAAAUGAGAGCAUGAUGCUCUGCUGCUUAUAAUUUAGGAAUAUAUAAUAUACUUGUCUUCCAUGGAUUUCUCUCCUUGAUCCAACACCUCUCUCAACAAGAUAUAUCAUGGUACCCUUAGCGCAUUAAAACUUCUAGCGCGUACCCUCACUAUACACAAUACUUAGCAAUGAUGAACCGAAAAAUAUUAGUAUUGCAUGGUGUUGCGCAGUCAGGCCCGGUAUUUCUUAAUCGUCGCAUCAAUACUAUUGUUCACACGCUAGAGCCGUUUGGUUUUGAAUUCAUUGCACUCACGGGGUUAUUUGAGAUUUCGAAUACGCCCUACGUCAAUGCACGACAGCACGACUAUCGAACAGGCGAUGAUGAGCGUAGCUGGUGGGAAACGGACGACAUUUUGCGAAAGCAUACUGGGAUUGAAGCAACAAUGGCGCUUUGGGGAGAGACUCUGAAUAAACAUGGGCCAUUUGCGGGUGUUCUUGGCUUUUCACAAGGAGGCUGUGCAGCCGCGUCAAUUGCAGCCAUGCUUGAACCAUCGAGGAGAUGUCACCCACUAGUUAAGAAAUACGUACCUCCGUGGCACCCGCCACUCGAGUUCUUAAUCAUGUUUUCCGGCAAUCCGUACCGCUAUCCAGACGAAACAGUACACUGGCUUUUCUAUGCUGAGGGAGGGCCUGAAAAUGUAAUCAACACUCCAGCACUAGCAUUUUAUGGAGAAAAAGAGUGGGAGAGUGAAAAGAGUCAGCGAGAGAGGCAACAGUGGCUCAUAUCUCGAUUGGCGAACGCAAAAGUUGUGUCUCAUCCUUGGAAGCACACUGUCCCGAGAACGCAGAAGUUUGCAGAUAUCGUGAAAGAUUUUGUCCUUCAGAUUACGAAGGAAAGCUCCAAAGUGGAUCAUAGGCUGUAGACUGCGAGUUUUGCCUCUCGAUGCAUUAUCGAUAUACAGCUCGAAGUGAACUUAAAAUAAGAUCUCAAGCAAGAUCAUUCAGUCUUGAGAAUAGUUCAGAU